UCUUAAACGUCAAACAAGCAGGCCUCCGCAAUGGUUAGCGUCCUGCACGAAUUCAAAAUUUAAUGAACUUUGUUAUUUAGAAUAGAAUUAAAUUUGUUUUAUGUAUUAAGUAAAGUGCAUUUAAUCGUGUAAAAUGUUGGUGUUAUUUGAAACUUCGGCGGGCUAUGCCAUUUUCAAGUUAUUAGAUGAGUCUAAGCUAUCACAAAUUGAUGACUUAUAUCAAGAGUUCAACACUCCCGAAGGAGCUUCCUCGGUAGUGAAAUUAAAGAAUUUCAUCAAAUUUGAAGACACAACUGAAGCAUUAGCAGCUACCACAGCGGCUAUUGAAGGAAAACUUUCAAAAACACUAAAGAAAGCACUUAAGAAACAUGUAUGCAAAGAGGUCCAAGACCAGCUUUUGGUAGGAGAUGCAAAGCUCGGCAGUGCCAUAAAAGAGAAGUUUGAUUUGCAAUGUGUCUCCAACAGCAAUGUUCAAGAACUGAUGAGAUGUAUCCGUUCACAAAUGGACAGCUUGCUCACAGGCCUGCCAAAGAAGGAGAUGACCGCAAUGGCCCUCGGACUUGCACAUUCCCUUUCACGUUAUAAGUUAAAAUUCUCCCCGGACAAAAUAGACACAAUGAUAGUCCAAGCUCAAUGCCUCCUAGAUGAUUUAGACAAGGAACUUAAUAAUUACGUAAUGAGAUGUCGAGAAUGGUACGGCUGGCAUUUCCCUGAACUAGGUAAAAUUAUUACGGACAAUACUCUGUUUGUCAAAAUAGUAAAACUUAUUGGAACAAGAGAUAAUGCCUCCAAGACUGACUUAUCAGACAUUUUACCAGAAGAUUUAGAAGAAAAAGUUAAGGAAGCUGCUGAAAUCUCCAUGGGGACUGAGAUAUCUGAUGAUGAUAUCAUGAAUAUACAGAACUUAUGCGAUGAAAUAAUAUCAAUUACUGACUACAGGACACAUUUGACAGAUUACUUAAAAGCUCGGAUGAUGGCAAUGGCUCCCAACCUGACUGUGCUCAUUGGAGAACACAUUGGUGCAAGACUAAUAGCACAUGCCGGUUCAUUGAUGAAUCUAGCUAAACAUCCCGCUUCUACUAUUCAAAUAUUUGGUGCUGAGAAAGCUUUGUUCAGAGCUUUGAAAACUAAAAAGGAUACUCCUAAAUAUGGUUUGAUAUAUCACGCUCAGCUCGUGGGUCAGUGCACCACAAAGAACAAGGGCAAGAUGUCUCGUAUGUUGGCCGCCAAGGCCGCUCUCGUCACCAGGGUGGACGCCUUCGGUGAUGAUGUGUCCUUUGAGCUUGGAGCUGAACACAAAGUCAAAUUAGAAAAUAAACUGAGGCUGUUGGAGGAAGGCAACUUGAGGAGGAUCAGCGGCACUGCUAAGGCUAAGGCGAAAUUCGAAAAAUACCAUAGCAAAACGGAGAAAUUCGAAUACUCUGUGGGUGCAGACAGCACACUAGGCAAGAAGACUGUCAAGAGAGAGCAUUCUCCGGAAGAAGAUGGUGAGGAAGUGUCAGCUAAGAGGGUGAAACUAGAAGAUGGUGCAGAAGAUGUCAAACCUAAAAAGAAAAUCAAGGCAGAACCACUUGAGGAAUCACAAGAUCAACUAGAUAAUGGUAUAGAUGUUGUUCCUGAAAAGAAAAAGAAGAAGAAGAAGAAGUCCAUGGACGUCUCACAAGAGGACGCUGCAGCAGAAGUAGAGGAGCCCCAAGAACAACCAGAGGAGCCUAAGAGUGAGAAGAAGAAAAAGAAAAAGAGACAGUCGCAAGUGGAAGAAGAAUAACUACCUCUGUUGAUUGAAUAAGUAACUAAGCAAAGUUUUUAGGUUAAGUGAAAGUGUUCUCACAGUGUGAGAUAUUACAUAUUAUUUUUAAUUUU